CACGCGAAUCAGUCGAACAUCGUAACGACAACGACAAUGGGCACUGCACGGUCACCGCCGAGUCUCACGCAGAGGUCAUCACAGGUCAAGCAAUCGUCGAUAUCCAGUUUCUUCACCCCACAAGCUCCGUCUCAAAAACCCAAAGUCAAGGACAUUCCCGCGCCGCAGCCAACCGCCACUCCGGCUAGGAAGAAUGCAGAUAGGGAGGAUGACUUGUUUGUGACUGACGAUGAAUCGCAUGGACCUCGAAGAGCAUCCACGUCGUCGAAACGAGCCUUGGAAGACGGCGAUGAUGACGAGCCUGCCACGAAGCGACGCAGGGCACGAUCCAAUGGCGAAGCGGAGGGCGAGGACCUCGCUGCUGGUCCAAUGCGGAAGGAUAGUACAGCAAAAUUGAAGACAGCUGAACGGACAUCCAAGUAUACCUUCUCCAGCUCGAACGAACCUGCUCACGUUCCCGAUCCGGACGAAGCAGACGAUGAGGAGACCCGUCGGAUGAAAGCCCGCCUGCAUCAGAAAUUCGUGAAGAAGCUCGGGCGGCCGGACAGCCUAGCAAACAUCAGACGGCGGAGUGGCGUCAUUGAUGAGGAGGCAGUAGCGGCAGAGGACGAUCCACCCGAUGAUGAAGAGGAGGAAACAGCAGCGUCAAAGAAAGGCGGGAAAGGUGGUGGAAGAAAGAUUCCGGCAUCAAGAAAGGGCAAGCUCACACCUCUGGACCAAAAGGUCGUGGACUUGAAGCGGAAAUAUCCAGAUGUGCUUCUGGUAGUCGAAGUGGGCUAUAAGUACAGGCUUUAUGGCGAAGAUGCUCGAGUAGCAGCUAAAGUCCUGUCGGUGGUGUGCAUUCCGGGCAAGAUGCGCUUCGAUGAACACCCAUCCGAGGCACAUAUGACAAGAUUUGCUGGCGCGAGCUUUCCUACGCACCGGCUGCACGUACAUGUCAAGCGACUGAUCAACGCUGGGCACAAGGUAGGCAUAGUACGACAGCUAGAGACGGCCGCUUUGAAAGCUGCAGGAGCCAACAAAAGCAAGCUAUUCGAACGUGAUCUGACGAAUUUGUAUACGAAAGCGACAUACGUCGAUGAUGAGGAGGGACUAGACACAAGUCUUGCGGGCGCUGAAGGUGGCGCUCCUGCAUCUGGUCAUUUACUGUGUCUGACAGAAAGCUAUCCAAAAGGUAACGGCUCGGAUGAGAAGGUUCACCUUGGUCUCAUCGCCGUCCAGCCUGCGACUGGCGAGAUUGUGUACGAUGACUUCGAAGAUGGCUGGAUGCGAAGUGAACUCGAGACCCGCCUCUUACACAUCUCUCCAGCUGAAUUCGUUAUUGUCGGAGAGGUCUCUAAAGCGACCAAGAAACUGGUGCAGCAUCUAUCAGGCGGUGAUGAUGCUCGACUGGAAUGGAAGGACAAGCCGAAGACCGUGGCUGCUCAAGCUUACAGUCACAUCACAAAAUUCUACGCUGACAAAAUGAAGGAAGGAGAGGCAAGCUCGUCACAAGUGCAAUCAUCGCAAGACACUGGAACUCUUCUGGAUAAGGUGCACAAGCUAUCAGAAAAUGCGACGAUCUGCCUGUCGGCUAUGAUCACGCAUCUUACAGACUACGGUCUUCAGCAUGUAUUUGAUCUCACAAAAAGCUUUCAGUCCUUCAGCGCCAGAUCACACAUGUUGCUGAACGGUAAUACAUUGACGAGUCUGGAGAUCUAUCGCAACCAAACCGAUCAGGCGGAGAAGGGUUCUCUGUUCUGGACGCUGAACCACACCUCGACUCGAUUCGGGCAGCGCUUGCUUCGCAAAUGGGUCGGCAGGCCGCUGUUGGAUCGUGCGAGACUUGACGAACGAGUCGCAGCUGUCGAAGAGCUGAAGGAGGGCGCGGGCCAAGCAGGGAUCGAACGCAUCAAGCAAUUGCUCAGUAAAACGAGAGCCGACCUCGAGCGCACGUUGAUUCGCAUCUACUACAAAAAGUGCUCUCGCUCGGAACUGUUGCAAUUCUUGCAGACACUCCAAGGCGUGGCGCAGGAAUAUCACUUUGUCAAAUCGGCUGCGGAUGCAGGGUUCCAGUCAAGCAUGAUCAACGAAGCCAUUGCUGCUUUGCCCUUGAUCUCCGACGAUGUGCUCGACUAUCUUGGACGUAUGAAUUUGCAGGCAGCCAAGGAAAACGACAAGUACAACUUCUUUCGUGACGAACACGAGACGGAGGACAUCACAGACCACAAAUGCGGUAUCGUGGCGGUAGAACACGAUCUCAACGAGUUCAAAGCAACCGCAACAAGUUUGCUCAAACGAAGAGUACCAGUAACCUAUGUGACGGUCGCGGAGAUCGACUACCUCAUCGAGCUUGACAACACGCAGCUCAAGAAUGUGCCCGCCACCUGGACCAAGAUAUCAAGCACGAAAAAAGUUAGUCGCUUUCAUCCUCCUGAAGUCGUGAAGCUGCUUCGAGAGCGAGACCAACACAAAGAGAGCCUAUCCAACGCUUGCGACGCUGCCUUUGCAUCCCUUCUAGCGGAGAUUGGGCGCAAGUAUGAAGCAUUUCGCGAAUGCAUUCAAUCAUUGGCAUUGCUUGACUGUCUCCUCUCAUUGGCCUCGGUGGCACAACAGCCAGGCUACUGCAAGCCUGCCUUUACGGACAAGCCUGGCAUUUCCAUAUCAGCGGGCCGACAUCCCAUGGUGGAGCAGUUGCUGCUGGACAAUUUCGUGCCAAAUUCCGUUGAUCUCGCUGGCGACGCGACACGUGCACUGCUCAUCACGGGGCCGAACAUGGGCGGCAAGUCUUCGUAUGUUCGAUCUGUGGCGUUAAUUGCAAUCAUGGCCCAGAUUGGUUCAUAUGUGCCAGCAGAUGCUUGUGAGCUCGGUCUGCUCGAUGCUGUUUUCACCCGCAUGGGAGCUGGCGACAAUAUGAUGAAAGGCGAAUCAACUUUCAUGGUCGAGGUUGGAGAGACAAGUGACAUACUCAAGCAAGCCACACCGAGAAGUCUGGUUAUACUGGAUGAGCUGGGGCGAGGCACUAGCACUCACGAUGGUGUUGCAAUCGCACAGAGUGUCCUGCAUCACAUGGUCACUGUGCAGAAGAGCUUGACUCUGUUCAUCACGCAUUACCAGUCCCUGGCACGAGUUGCAGACACUGUCGCCGAGAGCGAAACGAAUGUGAAACCGCUUCGAAACGUUCACAUGCAAUUUCGCGAGAACGACAGCGAGUCCGCGGCUGGGGAGAAGGACAUCACGUUCUUAUACGAGGUCGGAGAAGGGGUUGCACACCGCAGCUAUGGUCUGAACGUCGCUCGACUUGCUGGGCUACCCAAAAGCUUGCUGGAAGUGGCAGCGAGACGAAGUCGGGCAAUGGAAGAAGAGGAAGGUCGUCGUCGCAUGACAUAUCUUGCGAAAGCAAUGUCUAUGGUCAUGCAGGAUGGCUCUGGAACCGCGCUCGACAGGUUGGUGACCGGCGUCGAGCAGUUGUAGACAAGUGUUUGCCGGCAUGAUGGAGUG